CAACAACGAAAAAAGGUUUCGAGACGUUCAAAUUAUCCUGAUUAAAUAUUGCUAAUAUAAGCAUAACAAAUGGUGGCUUGGCAGGUUAGACUGAAUAAAAGCGCCACCUAACAGAGCAGAGAGAACUUCAAAUCAUGGCUGCCACAAUUCUUGACAAGUACAGGACAGAACGCUACGAGUACGAAAACAGAGAACACCAACUUGCAUUCCUGCAAAAUCUUUAUAAAUAUAAAUCCAGCAAUGAAUUCAGUGAUGUUACAGUCAACGUGGAUGGGACAGAGUUUCAUUGUCAUAAGAUUAUCCUUGCCUCUAGCAGUCCCUACUUUAAAGCAUUAUUCCUCCAUCAAACUGAUGUGCCUGGGACGAGCCACCUCUUCCUGAAAGACUUACCUGCUACUGGGUUUGAGUCGCUCCUACAUUAUAUCUACUCUGGGAAGUUAGCACUUGAGAGUUCUAACUUGAUUGAGACGCUUGAAGUUGCGGAUUUUCUCCAGUUUAGGAACUUGGUUGAAGUCUGCUGUUCACUGCUACUGCAGCACAUCACAAUCUAUAACUGUCUCCGAAUCGCACAUGUUGCCGACCAACACAGUUGCCAUGGCCUCCAACGAGAUGCUUAUCAAUUCUGUUUAUCACACUUUAGUCAUAUUUUGAUGACUGAUGACUUUCUAGAAAUUUCCCUGAAUGUCUUGGUGUCCUUUUUGGAGGAUGAUCAUAUGAACUUGGACCAUGAAAUUGAUCUAGUCGAAGGGAUUAGUCAGUGGUGUCGGCAUGAUAUGGCCGAGAGGUCCCAUCAACUUGAUAAUCUGCUUAAGUAUGUGCAGCUCAACAAUAUCAAAAGAGCAAACCUUGAACUGCUUCUUGAUGAGGAUAGCUUUCUGAUGAAUUCUGCAAUAUUGCAAUCUUGUUUGAGACGAUCAAAUUCCACAGACAACUUGAACAAUAUGUCCGAGCCAUGUCCUUUGAAACCUCGAUUAAAAGAAGUGGUUGUUGUGAUUAAAAAACACUGUCAUGCGUCGGAAAAUGGCUACACAACACCCAUGAAGAAUCCUCAGAAAAUCGUCUAUUAUCAUCCCGAGUCCCGACAGUGGUACCAGCUUACUUCCCUACCUUUUGAUGAUAAAGACAUGUAUAGUGCGGCGGUGCUCCAUAACGAUAUCUACAUCACUGGUGGAGAGAUUGAUGGUGAGGCUGCUGGGGUUACGGCUGAUGUCUGGGUGUACUCUGUGCAGGAGGAUCGGUGGGCAGAGACUGAACCGAUGUUAAGACCUCGCAGGAACCACAGUUCUUCAGUAAUGAUGGACAAGCUGUAUGUAGUCGGUGGAAAGGGGAUAGAUUCAAGGCACCUUCGGCGUGAUGGUGAAGUCUACGCCCCCUUGACCAAGCAGUGGACAAUGUUGCCAAAUCUGCUUGACGUUGACGGCCUAGGUCAUGCUAGUCUUGUACCUCUGAAUGAAAAACUUUAUAUCAUUGGAGGCAUGUGUAGUUAUCUGAAUGAACCAACGAAGGAGGUCAGUUGGAAGCAGUAUCUCGGUGGUCAGUGCUAUGAUCCUGUGAAAGGAACAUGGGAAAGACUCACAGCCCUGUCUCAAGCUAUUGUUGAAAGGGGUCUCAAACCAUGUGGUGAUGAAUGCCUGCCGUAUUUAGGUUUCAUACUCUUUGUGGAUGAAGAUCCGUAUCAGAAAACUAAACAGUCGAAAACGUUAAAAUUGUACAACCCAGUCACAGAAUCCCUGGAUGACUUUGUGGCAAUCAGGCCCGUUGGACGCUUUGGAGGUUACACAAUGUUCCGAGAUGAAAUCGUUAAGACUGGUGGUGUUCGGGAUAGAUUCACUGCAUUGAAUCUUGUCCAUAGUUGCGAUUUGAAUCAAGACUGCCCAGAUUGGGUCAUGUGGACGCCAAUGCCAAAGAACUCGUCUCAUCAUGCUUGUUUGACAGUCUUCAAAGAGCUGCCUAAGAUACCCCAAGGACAUGCAGGUGGAGAUGACAGAGAUCGUCUAGUACAUUAGGUCAAUAUGUAUGUCGGGGGGGGUCUGCAUUAGAGAUAAUAGUACAUGUAUGUUUCUCAGUACCUACAUUGUCUCUGUGAGGGGUAUAAUAUAUAAAUACUUGUAAAGCAAAUGGCAGUCAAUUCCUUCUUCGGAUCAAUGCAGAAUCGAAUCCUCUGUAUAAUGAAUAAACCUUCAGAAACAUGUAUGUUGUGCCAUUGUCCUUGUAUUGCUUCAUUUUAUGUUUAGAAGACUGUGAUUGUUCCUGUUCAAGAUGUCAACAUGCUGUGCAUGUAUUUGACUUUAUUU